CYUCAGCGCGGCGGGUGCCGCAGCCAUGAGCGGCCGCAGUCCCCGCGUCGCCGCUGCUCUGGUCGCCUCCCCGGCACCGCGGGCCCUCGGCAACCCCGGCACCCCCGUGCUCGCAGAGUGCUCCGGCAACGACGAUGAGCGCGAAAGGCGCCAGCGCCGCCGCUCCAGGGCUGUGGACUCGUCGCUGCAGGGCCUCGGCUCCCCCGUGGCCAGGUUCGAGAGCUGGCAGCCCCCGCUGCCCCAAUGGAGCCACGCGCAGAUCUCGGAGCACUACAGCACCUGCAUCAAGCUCUCCACCGAGAACAAAAUCACCACCAAAAAYGCCUUUGGGCUGCACCUGAUCGAUUACAUGACCGAGAUCCUGAAGCAGAAGAACUCAGAGCUGACCAACUUCCAGGAGCCCCUCAGAACCCUUCCUGCCUGUCCAUGCCCACAGGUGGAUCCCAUGUUCCAGAGAGCAGCCGCCUCCUUUGACGAGUGCAGCAGUGCRGGCAUUUUCCUGACGGGGCUGCACACCCAGAGCUUCCAGAGCCGCCUCCUGUUCGCUGCCAAGAUCRUCCCCCUGCCCUCCUCAGAGUCCCUGACCCUGCCCAGCUCGGAUCCUGUCAGAGUGGCAGAUCUGAAAGUGCUGGAGAAGUUCAAGAGGAGCGAGCAGGUGUUCGACCCCAACGCGGAGCUGGACAGUGAGGACAGCGAUGGCUGUGCUGAAUUCCAKCCCGAUUCCAUCCCAGAAUCCCAAUUCCAGCCCGAUYCCAUCCCAGAACCCCAAUUCCAGCCCGAUUCCCCCCGGAGCACAGCGGGGGAGAAGAUGGGGGAAUUCACAGACAGCGUCAGCACCUUCAGCCAGCGCCAGAGGACUGACGGGGCUCCUCUGGUGCAGGGAGACAUCGGGACCAUGUGCYUGCACCUGUCCAUGAACCCCGGGGAAUAUUCCUACUUCAGCCCCCGCACCAUGGCCAUGUGGGCCGGCCCCAAGCACUGGCGCUUCCGGCCCCGCCACCGGCCUACCAUGGGCUCAGAGCAGAAUUCCAGGAAGAAGAAUCCCCGGAAGGUUUUCCGGCUGGACUUUGAGGAGGACAUUGACUUUGAGUCCCAUUUCCGUAAGACCAAGGCAUCCAUAACUCUGGCCAAAUCCACCCUGGAGAACCAGAAGGCCAGGAGCACCACACUCCCUGCAGACUUCAACUAUGACCCCCAGAACAUCCUGCAGCUCUUCCUCAAGGUCAAGGUUAAGCUCAGCCAGAGUUUGGAGUCGCUUGGGACCGGUACCUUGGAUAACGAGGCUGGGAUUGAGGACUACGACUACAACAACCCCAACGACACCUCCAACUUCUGCCCCGCCCUGCAG